GCCGCAGUCGGAGGCCCAUGAGUCGGUUCCCACGGAAACGCCGCCAUUUGUUCUCCCCUUCUCUGCCCGUGUGUUUGUGUGCAGCGAGCUGCCGUGUGAUUAAACAAAGACCGCAUGCAGACAGGGGAUGGCAUCUAUGAGGAGCGAACGGUCCUGAUGAGUGAAAAGUCCGACUACAAACUGCUCGACGGGGAAGUAAGAGGUUGAUCGAGAGAGGCGGGUUCUCCGGAUCCGUGCCGGUCGCGUGAGUCUGUGUGUGUGUGUGUGUGUGUGUGUGUCGGAGGGAGAGAGGAGCAGGUGUCAGCCGGGGUCUCGGGCACGCGCUGAGCGCCGCCGUUGUCCGCCCGCGCACCGGCGGGACCCGUUUGAGCCGAAAACGAGACGACAGCUGGACCGGGGCCAUGUGUGACGCUGAGCAGGACGACACCGAGCAGCCCGUGCCCAGGGCGGCGGCCAUCGCCGCAAGUGUUGCACAGAAAUGUAUGAAGUGUAAGGACACGUCAGCAGUGUUGGUCAUUCGAGCUGGCGAUGCAUUUUGUAAAUCCUGCUUUAAAGAAUAUUUUGUACACAAAUUCCGUGCCAUACUAGGGAAGACGCGCUUAAUUUUUCCAGGAGAGCAGGUCUUACUGGCUUUAUCAGGUGGUCCCACAUCUAGUGCAAUGCUCUGCCAGGUUCAAGAGGGUUUAUGUCGCGAGGCUCCAAAGAAGUUACGUUUUUGUCCUGGGAUAGUCCAUAUAGAUGAGGGUGCAGUGUGUGGUAGGAGUCUAGAAGAAAGAAGGGCAACUUUAACGCAGCUGGAAGCCAUAUUCCAGACUUCAGGAUUCCCCUACCAUAUAGUCUAUUUGGAAGAGGUGUUCAAAUUGCCUAAUUCCAUGCUACAGAAUGUUUGCUCCAGUCCAGCAAGUCAUCAUGGUGAGAAUUAUAAAGAGGCAGUGGAUGGUUUCCUACAAAAGCAGCGAGAGACGCUUAGUCAGACAGAGCAAAGACCUACAGUUGUGGAGCAGUUGAAUGUCACAGAUACAGAAGAACAGGUUCAAACAAAACUUGCUCAGCUCAAUAUCUGUGACCUUUUUAGUAAAGAAAAUACUGGAAACACCUUCACAGAAGCUUCCACCAGUGGAAAGUGGCCAUUUAACCUGACACAAACUGAGGCAAUAAAAGAAUUGUUCAGUUCGAUAAAGACACUGACUGCUAAAGAGGAAUUGCUGCAAACAUUACGACAUCAUCUGCUCUUGUAUACCGCAAGGAUCAAAGGUUACACAAAAAUCAUGAUGGGAGACAGCUGUACCCGACUGGCAGUAAAACUUCUGACUAAUAUUUCAUUAGGACGUGGAGCCGCACUUGCUGUUGAUACAGGAUUCUCAGAUAAUCGUUAUGGAGAUAUCAUGAUGGUACGUCCAAUGAGGGAGUACUCAUCUAAAGAAAUUGCCUUCUACAAUAAACUCUUUGAUGUUCCAAAUAUUUUCACUCCAGCUUUAGAUACAAAGGCCAAUGAUAAAGCUAGCAUCCAUAGACUGACUGAGAGUUUUGUGAAUAAAUUACAGAGUGAUUUCCCAUCCACUGUAAGCACUGUUUAUAGGACCAGUGAGAAGCUGAAUACAGUUUCAUCUGACUACAGUUGUGGUGCGGAGCAAACAGAUAAAUGUCUGCUGUGUCUCUGUGCUAUGGACACUAAAGUAGAGAGCGCCUCAGCAUUUCAUGCUACCCUAAUAUCAGAAAGACUAUCGCUCAAGCAGUCUCCUGACCACACGUUUGUUAAAGAGGCCACUGAACCAUCCUGCUGUGGUGGUGACGGAGAUGAAGAGAAAGGAAAAUGCUGUGGCGCACCCUCUGAAGCAUGCCAUUCAAUGGACAGUAAGAGAACCACAGAUCUCCUCUCAAUGCUAUGCUACAGCUGUAGACUGACUGUCAAAGAUAUGGUAUCACUGGAUCUGCUACCUCAAUAUGUCCUCUCUGAAGCAGAACGCAGAAAACGCAGAGCUCAAGUGAGGGAACAGAUCCAGGAGUUCCUGUUGGCCCCUGAGGAUGAAACAGAUGCCACCGGCUCCUGACGAGUCUGUCUGAAAUUAAUCAUAAACAUCAAAAAGACAUUUUUCAGAUUCUACACAUAAUUAUGCAUUUAGCUUUGGAAUGAAUGAACCAUGAAUUUAUGAUGAGUUGGCAACUCACUUAGUUGUCAUUCUGACGUAAGGUGAAGUCCAGAUAACUGAACACCUCUGGCUUCCUUAUUAUUAUUAUUAUAGCAGCUACACCAAUAUAGAUUUGCCUGUGUAUUAUAACUUGCGAUGGUUUAGGCCAAUUUAUAAUCAUGUUGUUUUGUAUUAUUUAUUGGUGCUGCUUUUAAAGGUUGGGUUUAAUUUUAAUUGUAAUGUCUUGUAAAUACCAGUUGUUGAAAUAUUAAAUUCAAAAGUGAUCUUGCAUUUGAUUUUGAUAUAAGACAUUUUGCUGCAUUUAUGAGGAAGGAUAAUGCUCUAAAUUGUGUGAAAUACAGGUGAAAGAGGAGGGAACAUUAGCUGGAAAGGCUGAUCACAAUGUUCUACAGAAUGGAAAACAGCUGUCCUCCACUUUCUUACCCAUCUAUACAGCCUUGAAUGAUGCCAGGGAUUCCAUCUGCGCCAACUCCUGGAAAAUCAGUAAUUCUGAGAUAAAGGCGUGCUAUUGGUACCUUUGGGAGAAUGAAAAUACCCUUUGGAUUCACAUAUCCAGAUUUUUAAAUUAGAGUAUUCAUAGGACCCUUACCUGCUACCUCAGAGGUGGGAGCAGGCAUUGGUCAUUCAGCAAGAUCGUAUUUGAUCUGCCCAAGGCUUAACUUCUUUAACAUGCCAGUUCAUCAAUCUGAUAUUUCAAAAAUAUAUUUACCUCCUUUAAAUAUUUCCAUAAAUCUGCUGUAGAACCUUCCAGACAUUCACUACUGUUAUGGUUGAGACCAAACUCCCUCAAAAUAUUUUAGGAAGAUACAGUCUAGACUAUCGUUUUCUUAUUUUAAAGGCAGGUGUUCUAGAUGCAAUUUAAUUGAUCAAACUACCAGGUUUGAAACUUUAUUCACACGCUACAAUUAAUAUACAGGCAAAAAUAAGAGAAUGAAUUGGCUUAACUGUAACUCAGUUGAAAUACUUGACACUGAUAAAAGAACUACUAAACUUUCAAUAUAGUAACACCCCAUAAACACACCCUUGGCAAAGGCAAAUUCUGUAAAAUAGAUUGUCUUACAUGUAAUUCUAGCAGCAGGAAGAGUACCCCAUCUUUUAUCUGUAACACCAAGGAAUAAGACCUUCCAUAUUCAGCUUCAAGACCCCUUUAACAACUGCUCCUGAAAAACUAUAACUGAAAGUCCUGGUUCUGCGGGAACUUGACCCCAUCCAUUUAGGCUGCUUCUAUUGAUCCAACUUUUUAAAAAAAAACACCCAAAGCCUCAUAGCUGUUUAAUUUAUUGGCUAGAGCAGACUGAUCGUCACCUCUGUCUCAAUUUUUCUUCAUAAAAAUAAAGAACAAAAUAUACCUAAAAGCCAUAGUAUCAUUACACCUCUGACUUAAGAUGAACCAUCAAUAUAUGAAGAUGUCUUCAUUUUUAAAAGCCUUUAGUCUCGCACUGUUAGUGCAUUGCAAUACAUAUGCAUUACGUUGACUCUAAACAUGCAAUCUUUCACUACUAGAGUCCAUUAUAGUCUAUUUUUUCCCAACCCACCAAAUGCCCCUGUCUUCCUCCUUCAAAGUCGUGACAACAUUUCGACAAUUAUGUUCUCUUGCCCUGCGAUGUAUAAUUUUCAGAUUGAAUGGCUGCAGUAAUAAGCUGCAUCUAAAUAGCCUGGUAUUUUUAAUCCUUUAAAUUUUCCCCAUUAACAUUAAGAGGCUGUAAUCGUAUAUGCAAUUGUCACAGACACGUUACUGCCACCACCAAAAUCAAGGUCUCCUCAAUUGUGGAAUAUUUCUGUUGAUGAUUAUCCAGUUUUCUGGAAAAAAAAUCCAAUAAGUCUUUUUGUAUCCUUGUCUUCUUACAAGAGUACAGCACGGACACAUACAUCACUUGUGUUGAUAGCCCCGUUGAAUGGCUUUGCUUAAUUAGGUGUGGCUAGGGCAGUAGUUAACUGAGCUUUCAGGCUGUCAAAUAACUUUGCCAUUCCUCCAUCAACUGAAAUUUUCUGCACUUCAAGUCUGUCAGUGGAGCAACCACAUUGCUAAAAUUUGAUAGAGACUUCUGAUAAAAACCACUCAGUCCCAGGAAUCAUUGUACUUGCCUCUUCAUCGAUGAUAUGGGAAACUCCUCAAUAACUUUUAUUUUCACAUCCCAUGGGGCCACCUGUCCAGAUCCAAUGGCAUGGCCCAGGAACAUGACUUGGGCGUUUGUGAACUCACUGUUAGCCAGGUUUAUCACCAAGCCCACCUCCCAAAGUUGACUGAACAAUUCUGGUAGAUGCUGCAAAUAUUCCUUCCAUGUAUGAGUAAAAAAUCACUAGAUUGGUGAUGUACAUUUGGGUGAUCCAGAAAUGACUUAAUUGGUUAGUCUUUGAAAUGUAGCUGGUGUAUUAUUCAUCUGCCCACUGGCAUGACUUUAAACAGGUAAAGUCUAUUCAGCAUGACAAAAGCCAAAUUUCCUUCAUUGUUUCGGAUAAAGGUACUUGCCAGUAUCCUCUGUAGAAAUAUAAAUAGCUUUUUCCUCCUUCUCAAUACAGUCUUUCAAAUGUGGAAUAGGAUAUGAAUCAGAUUUUGUAACUGAAUUGGCUUUGCAAUUGUCUGCACGUAAUCAUUAAGGACCAUCUGCUUUUGGCAUCAUUACUAUGAGUGAACUCCAUUUGCUGCAACUCGCUUCAAUUAUAUUGUCUUUGAGCAUGCAUUCAAUCUCUUUUUGAACCUGUGCCAUCUUGAGGGUUAAGUCUUAUAAGGAUUUUGCUUAAUUGGAACAGCAGUAUCUAUAUCACAAUUAGAUUAGUACUUCCCAACUAAUUCCCACACAUCUCCCUAUAUGAUUAUAAUAACUUUUUCAGGUCAUUUUGAUUUUCCCUUGGAUAGGGAACUUGACCUUCCCUUGACUCAAUAAUUUAUUCCAAUUUUUGAGAACUUCUCUGUUGUCCAAUUUGAUUUGAGGAGUGUCCAAUUCAGAAUCAUAUGAACUUGGUUCUUCACUCUCUGUUGUAACUAGCAACAUAUUCUUCUUUUGCUUUUCUUCUGUAUCAAAAUACCUUUUGAGUAUACGUGCAUGACACACUGAGCGAUUUCUUCUUAUCUAGCAUUCUUAUUAACUAAUUCACCUCACUCAAUUUCCUUCCAAUUUGAUAAGGUCCACUAAAUCUUGCCUUUAAAGGUUCACGUACCACUGGUAGUAACACUAAUACUUUAUCUCCACUAACAAUAUUAUGAAUUUUUGAUUUCUUGCACACUUCUUGUUUCAUCACGUGCUGACCCUUUGAAUGCUACCUAACCAGCUAACCUGCUGCAUUUAAUCUUUCCAUAAAAUCCAAACAGUCUUUGAACUCUGAUUAACCAAUUUUUCCUUAAUUAAUUUCAGUGAUCCUCUCACCUCAUGUCCCAAAACUAAUUCAAAUGGACUAAUUUAGUUGAUUCAUUGGGUGCAUCCCUAAUUGAGAAAGUGCAGUUAGAGUCCCUUUAUCCCAAACCUCUGGAUAGUCUUGACUAUAAGCCCUUAGGGUCGUCUUUAAAGCUUGAACCCACCAUUCUAAUGCUCCCUGCAUUUCUGGAGGUAUGCUGUGGAUUUGAAUUGUUUUGUUCCUAAACUAUUCAUUAUUUCUUUGAAUAAUUUUGAUCAAAAUUUGACCCUUAAUCCAAUUAUAUCUCUUGGUUAGCAUAGUUAAAAAAUUCGGGUAACUCUUGUACAGUCCUCUUGGCUAUGAUAUUUCCUAAUGGAAAGACCUCUGGAAAUCUAGUAGUCACAUCCAUUAUGGUCAAUAAUUACUGAUUCCUACUUUUUGUUUUAAAGUUGAGGUUCUAUGCACUCAAUUAAGAGCCUUGUAAAAAAACAAUGUUCCUCACAUGCAAGAAUUGGCAUUAGGGGUGCUGGUUUUAUCACUGCAUGAGGUUUUCCAAUUACUUGACAUGGAUGACAUGUCUGGCAAAAGUCAACCACAUCCUCAUGCAAUCUAAGCCAAUAAAAAUGUUUUUGUAUUUUGACUUGAAUUUUCCUUAUUUCCAAAUGACCUCCUGGUAAUUCAUGUGCUACCCGCAAUUCCUCCUUUCUAUAACCCACCUAGUACAACUUGAUGAACUGCCCAUUUCUCAUUUGCCUGAAUGUGUGAUCGUCUCUUCCUCAUCAGUACUUUACUUUUAAGAGCAUAACAUUCUGGGAUACACUCAGAUUCUUCUAUUGUGUACACUUUUUGAUGCAACUGCUUUAGUUCUUCACUGUUCUGUUGUAAUUCAGCUAAAUUUUCUGAACGAAGAAUAUCCCCUUUGUCCUGCAAUUAUUUUCUCUAAACCAUUUGAUGAAACAUAGUUUCUGAUAACUGAACUUCAACUUUAUUUUUAUUGCUUGAUUUCUCCUCCUGUUUUAACCAGUGGCUUUGCAACCUACUACCACAGUCAGGAAAAAUCCCAGGACAUAAUUCCUGCAAUACCGCAGUUGCCUGAUUUUCCACUGGCUUUUCAACCACAUAGGCAUCACUCCCACCAGUGAUCCAGCUAUAUCAUUGCCAAGGAUAAACUAUUUCUGCAACCAGAAUUUCUCUAUUACUCCUGUCGCACUUCACCAGUUUUCACUGGACUCAUCAGCUUCGCUUGAGAAUAAUGUGACUUUGCUCUUCUACCCAUGAAUUCUACAUAUUAUGACUUUUUCUGGCCAUUCUCCCUCCAAAUUACAUGUAUCUUCAUCUCUCACCAUCAAAGAUAGACUUGCUGCAGUAUCUCAAAAUCUUAAUUUCUUUACCUAUUCUUGGCAUAUAGGUCUAAACCUUAUCCAUGCAAGUAAGUUCUUUAAAGAAAUCUGGCGCUUUCUUCUCAACCAACCCCUGACCAGGUUGUACUCUUUUGCAGCUUCUUAGCUUCCACUGUGCUUUCCUUUACAAUUGCAACAAAACUGACUUCCCACAUCCAUCUUCCCAGUGCUUUUGCUAAACCACCAACACCACAACUUUGUGUGGCCUACUUUAUUAUGGUGAUGAUACCUGAGCUUUUUUUACUUCUGUUUCCCCCUCAUGAGUUUCCUUUCUACACUGUGGUAAAAUGUCUGUAUUAUCUUCAAUGAGAUCUCCUUUUCCCCAAUUUCUAUUCCUCCUAGAUUGAAAUUGAUGUUGGAAGCCAAACUUAAAUUUUUGUACUAAUGCGUAAUCAUGUUAUUUCCAUGGCUAUUCUUGUAGUCUUAACCCUUUACUCUUGCCACUUAAGGAAGUGAAUUUUGUGAACACCUCCAAAAUAAUCAUCAAGAAAGUCACAUGUUUGAUCUAUUUUCAAUGCCCUUAUCCACCAAAAUUAUUUUAUUUGAUCCUUUCAAACUCAAUGUAUGUUUGAUCAGAUUCUCUCCUUAGAUUCCUGAAAUGUUGUCUCUAGGCUUCUAACACUGGUUCAUAUGCACUUAAGGCGCCAUUUUUCACCUCAUCAUACUCCCCAGAUACCUCCUGUGAUAGUGAUGCAAAUACCUCACUAGCUCUGCCUACCAAAUUGGUUUGGAUCAACAAUAUCCACGUGGUCACCGGCCUUCAUUUGUUUAGCCACUUUCUCAAAUGAAAUGAAAAAGACUUCUACAUCCUUCUCAUUGAAUUUAGACAUUGCUUGGACACCUUUAAACAGAUAUCCAUCAGGCCUUAGGCAAUGAUGGGAUUGCUGUCAGUCACUGUCCUCAUCACUACUUGUAAUUCUGCCAUUUUAAGUCAUCUUUGAGUUCUCGGUUAUAACUGAAGUUAUAAAUUUCUGAAGUUCCAAAACUAUUUCUCCCUUUUCCUCUGCUUUCAAUCAUAAUUCAAACUGUUUCAUUUCCUUUUCAUUGUUAAGCUGCUUCAUUUGCUAUUCAGUGUUAACCAUUUUCACUAACCCUAUGGUAUUUUCAGCAAUAAUAAAUGUCGAGCGAUUGCUGCAAUUACCUCCCCUUUUCACACAAAGGCAACCCCAACCCCAACUUGUCCGCCACUUCCAAAAGUUUUGCCUUGCUCACUUCCUGUAAAACCUCUGAAGUGAAUUCUUUCAUCCCCAGGAAAUUCUUACUGACCGAAAGAGCCAUUACUACACAAGGCACAUUGUAUAUAAACAAACUGAAUGCAACACCCAAAAUAAAUAAAUGUCAGCACUCAACACUCACUGCUUUCGAAUCCAAUGAUCCUAAACCCUUGCCAACAUACUUUAGUUGUAACAAGAUCACCCUACUCUUAAACACCAAUCCCCUAUCACUGAAGGCUAAAACUCCAUUUGCCUCUUUAAUUAUUUGCCAUCUAACUUUUGUGUUUCAUGCACUAGAACACCCAGAUCCCUCUGUGACGUGUAUUUUGGAGUUUUGCCAAUAAAUAAAUCUGCCCUUUCAUUCUUCUACCAACAUUCAUUAGGCCAUUAAAACAUUGAUGGAUAAGUUAAAAUUGACAAGCAACUAAAUCUUAUUGAAAAUGUUAGUAAACCUUCAGUCAUUUUCAGCAUACUGCCACCGAGUAAAUAAAUACAAACAAUUGAGAAUAGUCUUUAUUUCACUAUAAGAGCACAGAUUGGAAAGAAUUUGUGUGGAAUGUUGCAAAUAACUCUUCAAUCAAUAAUCUUGAUAUUUUACUUUCAAAACUGAUUUUCAAAAAAAUAGCUGCUGUAAUUGAUUAGUAAUUUGAAAAAUCAAUAUGGACAUUAGCCAUUUCAUUUUUCAUGACCUAACUGAGCAGAAUGCACCAAUAAUUGUGCCUCAUUGUUCCUUAAGCUGUCUCAAAGUGUAUAAAAUCCCAAUUAAUCCACCAACAUGACCAAUUUACCUGACUUACUGCUAUUCACGACAAGAGCAAUUCAGACCACAGAAAGGUAGCUGUUUGUAACGUAGUAUACUUUAACAAAAGGCAGCAAAAAGAAAGGAUUUUGAUUCAAUAAAUAUGUACCUAUGUGCUCGUUCAAGGUUAAGACAGGCAAAAGACAAAUGAUUUUACAUAGUAAGAAUGCUGACUGAAUAUAGACAGAGUACACAAAAUUCUGAAUAUCGAAGGUCUCAAAUGUGGGUUAAAUUACCUCACACAUUUCUUCUUGCUUCUGAUUGGUAAAGGUUGUAAGAUUCUGGGUUUACUUUAACUUCGGUUGUAAUUAUAACAGCCUAUCUAAAUGUUUACUAGUCCUGAUCAAUUGCAAGGCCCGUUGCACUGCAAAGCAUUGGUCAGUUUUCAUUUUGAUAGUUGAUCUGGGGGACUAAUGCCUUCUUGUUACAAUUUGUUCUUUUAAGCUUUCCUGUUUUUUAUCUCUGUCCUUGACCCAGUAGAGAGAGAGAGAGAGAGAAUGAUGGUGUGCAGCACUCUGAUUUUAUAAUUUGCAAAGUAUUUCUUUUCUACAAAUUUUGUAGUGCUUUUAUUCCCUUAAUAACUCUUAUUUUGGGGUUAUGUAUUUUUAUAAUCCCAUAAUUGCUUCUUUCCUAUAACAACUAACUUUUGAAAUAAUUGACAAGGUAUAAGUAAAGUAAUUAAACUAUAAGCAACAUUAGCAAUUUUAACUUUUCAAACAGGUUGUGACUCAACACUGGAAAUAUAACAAAGUAAUUCAAAGUGUAACUGAAGGUUCAGUUUAUUAUAUCAAUGAGUAAAUUACUACAUUCAAAUAAAUAAAUUCCAAAAUGUUUAUAGUGAAAUCCAGGUCAUUUAAUAAUAUAUAAAUUCAUUAUAUAAAAUUUGUUAGUGGCUCAAGAAAUCUAAGCAAAAUCUGUAUUAGUUCAACUAUACUACUGCAAGCAUGAAAAUAAUUCACUCGAGAAUUAGACUAAAAUUUGGAAUGUUGGUUUGUAUCUACAGCAAAUACUCGAUGUGGUAGGAGUCAAAUAAAAGUGAGUGAGUGGGCUAUUUGCUUCUUUGCAGCAAGAUACAUUGUGAGACAAGUGUCAAAGCUGUUUUUGUAUUCCAGGUGGUAGGACAGGAGCUGUACUCUAGCAUUUAAUGAAUUACAAUAUGCAAUACAUCAAACAUUGCAUGUCUAAUUCAGGUUGCCAAUCAUAAAUGUUUUGAAGAAAACGCUAGCAAAAACCUGAAAAUGAUAUUAAUAAAGUUAAAUCAAUUGCUCAAAGUUUAAAUGUUAAUGUUACAUUACCUGUAGCAGCCUCUUAGGGGCAGCAUUGAGCUGUAAAAAUAUCAAGUAUGCAAUAAAAUUUAAGUACACUUGGAGUUAUGCAACAAAA